AUGCGAGAGCAGAGACGCGGUUCACCACCUCGUCGUGUGAGGGGGAGACCUCGUCGCGAGGAAGUUCGUCGCAAGCAGCCUGAGCAACUGACUCCUCCUCCGCCACCUCCUCCUCCUUCUUCUCCAACGCCUUCGCUGCCUACUCCGCCAUCCUCACUUUUGCAGCAAGGCACUUCGGAGAACUCCUCGAUCCUUGCAGAAAAAAGAUCACCGCAGCCUCAGAGGACAGUUACUCACAGAGAUUGGCGGCGUUUGAUCCGCAACGUCGACAACAUUCGGCAAUGGAAGGACGAUUUGCAAGAGCAGCUUGACUACCUCCGUCAUGAGCAGCAGGACGAGGGAGUGCGAGAGACGGAGGCCGUAGCGGAAUUCAAGCAUUUCUCAGCAGCGGUGAGAGAGGUCGCAAUUCCGGACCAUAUGAAGAAUCUCGUCCUGAAUCCUACAGCGAAAAGACGGAUCCAAAGGAUCACCUUCUAUAUUUCAACACGAAGAUAG